CAGAAUCUUGUUGUAUGUGUCUUUGGGUUCCAAGAUUAAGCUGGGCACUGACCUGGGAAGAUACUCCGGUUCCUUCCAGCUAUGUAAUAGGACAAAUGAUGAAGAUGGUCAGUGAAAACCAGAAGAUCUGUUUUUAAAUUGAGAUAAUCAAGUGGAGGCAUCAAAGAAUAAAAGAAGUCAGAUUGCAGACAUAUGGAUGAAACUGAUUUCUCAGAAGACACAACUUCUAAGCAACAGGAUGAAUUGCCAUAUGAUGGGAAAAUUGAUAUGUAUGAGGAUUAUAAUCCAACCUCAAAAAACAUCCUUGAUAUCUCAAAUCCAAGUAUGUUUGCAGUAGAUGACCCUCAAUUAAAGACUAUCCAUACAGAUGCUUGCAGGAAUAAGAAUAAAAUGAUUGAUGGUUCUACCAACAAAAAACAUGACAUGGAGAAACUAUACCUCACAGACCUUCACACUCCAGCUAAUAAAAGAGAUGCUUCCACAUCAGACAUUUCUGAUAGUUUACUUCGUCAUCUUUCCAAAGAGAAAUGCUACAGAAGUCCAGGUAUUACUUGUGAAACUCUCCCGCAGACUUCUAAUGCAGCCAGUUUUGAUGAAAUUACUAAAAAUAUUAUUUUGCAUUAUGCUAAGUAUUACUGGCCAAAAAAACAAACUCCAGGACUCACUGACCAACUCAGCUCCAAGAUGGGUGAUGAAAAUGAUGAUAAACUUUGUUGGUCUUCAACCAUCACAGAAGGAGAUGCCUCUGCUUUCAAAGAGCCAGUGGCUACUGAAGACAGCAAUCAUCAAGAAAACUCAAAAUUUCUAAUUAAAGUUAAAACUCUAAGUGAAAGACCACAGAGUUGCCAAGGGCAGGCACCCCAGAAACAGCGAAUUGAAGAAACAAGUUCAGACAGUGGUCUCAAAGAUGACCAAGGUUGUGCUCAAUGGCCAUUCUCUGAUUUUUUGAAGGUCACUCCCAACGUGAAUAUCCCUAAAAAUAACCUAGUGAAUAGAUCAAGUGGGAAACAACCAAGAAUUCUUCCUAAAUUCAGAGAUAAGUCAGCUAUUAAGCAAGAUAUUUUAGAUAGUAUGUCUAGAACAAAUUAUAUUAAGAAACAAGAUCAGAAAAAGAAAACAGCUGAGUUUUCACAACAGACACAGAUAGAACCUACCUUCCAUAUCCACCAAGAAUAUCUCACAGGAACAGAACCUGAGACAAGUUUCUUUAAGUUGCCAUCAACCUUUCAGAAAGACUAUUCCUCAAGUUCUUACAUAUUUCAAAAGAUAUCCCAAGGGAAACAGAUGUGUGAGGAGUUAAAAGAAAAGACUGACCAACUGAAGACAAAAGUACAAGAAUUUUCCCAGAGCAUAAGACAAGACUCUGCCUAUCAUUUGCAAGAUGGGAGACAGAUCCUGAAGAAACUGCAGGGACAUCUUGACCUUGUGGAGCAGGAGUUUCUGGCCACAAAGGAGGAACAUCUGACUUUGCAGCAGCAAGUCUACAAGCAUGCAAGCCCAGCUGCCAGUGUUUUUGACCCAGAAAGAAAAGUGGAAGGUGAAAUCUUCAACUUGGAGAUGCUGCUUGAAGAUAUUAAGGAGAAAUCUGAUAAAGACAAAUACAUUUCAGCUCCUUCUCUUCCUGUGAGCUCUUCAGUGCUCUUGGAUGCCUUGGCACCCAUGUCUUCUCCACCCUCCAGUGAGGAGGACCCCAACAGCACUUCACCAAGGCAGGACCAUGUAGAGAUCACCAGUCCAAGCUGUGUCUUCUGCCAACAGGUUCUUGAAUGGCAGCAAAAAAUGGAGAAAAAAGACCACAGAAAGAUCAACCGGGGAAAGUUUCCCUUUGUCAUUCCAGAGAAGGCACUGUACUGGGACUCAAUUCUCAAUUCUGACACAGGGCACAGUUGCUAUAAUUAUAGCACUGAACCAAAGAGUAUUAAAUGUGAGAACUGUGGUACUGAGUUUCAUUCUUUCCCAGGAGUCUGCAGCAAAGAACCAUUUCAAGAAUUUCAUUAUAGAUACAAUAUUCCAGGAGAAAGUUACUUAAACCAUGGUAAAAGAAGUACCUUUGGCCAGCUCUGCUUUUUAAAUGAAAAUAAAAAUUCUUCAUCUUCUUGUCCAGAACCUAAAGGGAGCUAUUCCCAGAGAACAAAUUCAAAAUUCUCUCAAGAUAAAUAUGAGCCCCUAUCAGGAGAGAAAAUUCAUAAGCCUUUUGUGACCUACAGUGCAGACCUUGCUACACCCUCACCUCAUUUCCACUCCUGCAAGAUUUCUGGAAGCAAGCCCUUAUGCAACGCUAGCAGCACUAAAAGAAUGGAAUCUGAUACUUUAAACACAUCUUUGGACUAUGCCCUAAGGACAACAACCAUUUUGAAAGAAACUACUGAACAAAUGAUUAAAGCUAUAGCAGAAGAUCUUGCCAAAGUAAAAAGAUGGAGAAAUAGACUAAGGCAUUAGUUUGACUGGUGGACAAGAAUUUGAAAGAAAAAAGCAAAGAACUUUUUCUUUCCACCAUAAAAGUACUUACUUAGUGCACAA